AGCAUCAAAUUUCAACCCCAAAAAAAAAAACCGCCCAAAAUCCCCCACAGCCCCGGGCGGGCGGGCGCGCGCGAUGGGCGCACUUAGGCUGCGGGAGCGAGAGGAGGAUGCUGGGAAGGAGGUAACAUGGCCACCGGCGGCGGCACGGAGGAGGAGAGGAAGCGGGGCCGCCCGCAACUCCUGCCCCAGGGGCGGCCCGCUGCCCGAGCGGAGGAGCCCGCCGGCGCCCGGGAGAAGCUGGGCUGGGCGCAGGUGGUGAAGAACCUGGCCGAGAAGAAAGGCGAGUUCCGCGAGUCGCGGCCGGCGCGGCGCGAGGAGGAAGGCGGCGGCGGCGGCGCGCUCGGGGCCCCGGCGGGUCUGGCGGCCUCGGUCUUCGGGGACUUCCCCCCAGCUGGCCGCGGGGACCCCAAAGGCCGCCGGCGAGAGCCCGCCGGAGAGGCGGGCGACCCGCGCAAGAAGAAGGCCUUCGCCGACGCGGCCCGGAGCAAGCAGGCCGAGGCGGCGACCAUGGCGGCCCCGGCUUCCCCCGGAGCGGCCGAGGACGCGGCCGAGGGGCCCCAGCUGGACGAGGCGGCGGGCCCGGCGGCGGCGCCGGGCAAGGGACGCUUCCUCGUGCGCAUCUGUUUCCAGGGCGACGAGAGCGCGUGCCCGACCCGGGACUUCGUGGUGGGCGCGCUCAUCCUGCGCUCCAUCGGCAUGGAGCCCGGCGACAUCUACGCGGUCAUCCAGAUCCCAGGCAGCCGCGAGUUCGACGUGAGCUUCCGCUCGGCGGAGAAGCUGGCCCUCUUCCUGCGCGUCUACGAGGAGAAGCGCGAGCAGGAGGACUGCUGGGAGAACUUCGUGGUGCUGGGGCGGAGCAAGGCCAGCCUGAAGACGCUCUUCAUCCUCUUCCGGAACGAGACGGUGGACGUGGAGGACAUCGUGACCUGGCUCAAGCGCCACUGCGAUGUUCUGGCCGUGCCCGUGAAAGUGACCGACAGGUUUGGGAUCUGGACCGGGGAGUACAAGUGCGAGAUCGAGCUUCGCCAGGGGGAGGGCGGGAUCAGGCACCUGCCCGGGGCCUUCUUCCUGGGGGCCGAGCGCGGUUACAGCUGGUACAAGGGGCAGCCCAAGACCUGCUUUAAAUGUGGUUCCCGGACCCACAUGAGCGGCAGCUGCACGCAGGACAGGUGCUUCAGGUGCGGAGAGGAGGGGCACCUGAGCCCUUACUGCCGAAAAGGCAUCGUGUGCAACCUCUGUGGCAAGCGAGGACACGCCUUUGCCCAGUGUCCCAAAGCAGUUCACAAUUCCGUGGCAGCCCAGCUCUCCAGCGUGGCUGGCCACUGAGCACCCACCCGCCAGCCUGCCGGGGUGAACACAAAGCUUGCCCCCCCCUCUUAAGUGCCAAAACAUUUUUUGAAACCAUUUUUUAUCAUUUUUGAAGGACAUUUUUUUAAAAAAAACACCUCCAAGAGACAUCUCCCUCUGCCUUGUUAAGCCGAGUUUACACCAUUUCAGCUUUUCCUUGAAUUGGUGACGCUCAUCAGUAAUGAUUACCGAGAACUGUGCAGAUAUGUCGCCUACCCCCCCCUCCUUUUUUUUUACACGUUUGUUUGCGUUUUUAUAUUGGUUGUUCGGUGUUGUGGGUAUGGGUUUUUUUUUUCAUUUGUUUUUUAACUUCCACUAUCCCACCCCAUAUCUGGACGUCUCCACGGAUUGUCAUUCACUGGGAUGCCUUGAGCAUCCGCCCCAGCACUAGGUUGGGGUCCAGCACUUGGGAGGCAUUCUAUCAGUAUUUAUUGGAUUGAAAACCAUGUCUGUUGUGGCUUCAAUCAGGACGCCUGCCAUUUGCAGCCCCUCCCACCCACCCCCAAGCCCCACUUACGUUGCUGCUUCUGAUCUAUUGUGGUCUGAAAUUGUGAAACCCGUGUUGUUGGAAGUGUAUGUAAAUCUGAUUCACUAAGCUCUGAAAGGUGGGCGAGGGCCUCUCCUAGUGGCAAAAAUUGCAUGGACUUUGACACAGCGCCUUCCUUCCAUGGUUCAGAAGCCAUUUUUAAAUAGAAUCAUGGAAUCUAGAAUGUUCUUGCUGGUAAGAACCCUGGUUUUCCAGCAGGUGUGAAAACACAGGCCCAGAGAGGUUAAGUGACUAAGUCAAAGUCUCCUUGCUGUUUGUCUCGAGCUGAGCCUAGAGUCCAGCCCCCUGACCCCAAAAAACCCGGUGCUCAUUCCACUACCUCUCACACUUCACAACAUUUUUUACCUUGUCACUUGAGAGCCCAGAAUGUCUGAUAUCCCCAGAACGAUGAAACCAGAGGAAUGUCGAAAAAUCAAUCUGGGGGGUGCAAGCAGGGAG